AUGACUGAAGUUAAUAACAAGUCUGUUAUAAAUGAAGCAAUGGUUAAAGAUAAUAUCAGCGGAGCUGGGACGACCAAUGUUCACCUGUCUCAAGAAUUACAUGAAAGUAUUGAAACAGUGAUCAAUAUUGUUAGUCAAGUAUCAGAUAAAAAAAAUUCAGAUUUCUCUCCGCCAAUUACUGGAGAUAGUGAAACCCAAGAUUCAGCAAAAUAUUAUAAACAUGAUAGCAAACCUGGAUAUUUCUCAGCAACAUAUUCCAUGCAAAGCUAG